AAGAGCGCAUGGCUCCUCUGGAGGUCAGCCGCUCCAAGCUGUCCCGCCACCUCGAGGGCCUGGUGUUCCGGUGCCACAAGUGCACCUUCACAUGCUCCAGCGACCACGCGCUGCAGCUCCACCUGCAGAAGCACGACGAGAUCAAGCCCUACCAGUGCCAGCUCUGCUACUUCGACAGCAGCCGCCGCAGCCAGCUGGAGGAGCACCUGCGCCUCGAGCACAAAGUUAUCCGUAACUUUGAGCUGAUGGGCCGGGUCAACUUGGACCAGCUGGAGAUGAUACAGGAGCAAGAGAGCAGCACAGAGGAAGAAGAGGAGGGAGAAAUGAUGGAGAUGGCUGUGGACGGACAAGCUACUUUAGAAGAGGAUGAAGAGGAGGAGGAGGAAGAGGAGGAGGAGGAGCUGGACAAUGAAGAUGAAGGGAUGGAAAUAAUUGAAAACUUGGAGGACGACCAGGAAGAGAUGGAUGGUAAAGACACGGAGGAUGACAUCAAAGAGGAGGAGAGGGAGAUGGAGGAGGAAGAAGAGGAGGAGCUGGGAGAGGAAGAUGAGGAGGGAGAGGAAGAAGAGGAGGAGGAGGAGGAGGAGCUCAAGGAGAUGGUGGCAGAAAAGCCUGCCCAACAAGAGGUCCUUCCAUCUCCCAGCAGCUCUGGCUCCGGGCCGAGCAGCACAGAGAAGCGUCUUCCUUGUGAGUUCUGUGGCCGCUGCUUUACCAACAGCCUCGAAUGGGAGCGACACGUCCUUCGACACGGCAUGGUGGUCAACAACAAUCGCCUGGACACCAACUCCUCUUCAGCAAUAGAGGCCUCAGCUUCAUCGUCCACGGGCUCGUCUGUGUUUGCAGACUCCAAACUGGACCUGGCCAGCGACGGCAAAGAGGAAGAAAGCCCUGCUGACCUCUCUCUGACAAGUCAAAGCCAGUAUGCGGAAGACAAAGAAAUGCUUUACACCAAAAAGGAUCAGCAGUCUGGUUGAAGUGACCGUGGCCUCUUGGGAUUUUAUAUUAGGAAAUGUCGUGAAAGUGAUUGUAAGAAAGAAAAAAAAAAAAGAAAUGAAGCAAAGAGGCUAAAACUUAAAGAAAAGUGACUUUUUUUAUCAGUUGGUGCAUUAGUACAUUUUAGGUGUUACAUAUAUGAGUAUUAGGUUGUGCUGCAUAGGUCGAGCUCUUUACAUGGGCGGUCCCCUUGGACAGAUUUUAAUAUAUUGGUAACCAAUAGUGAACAGAACUCUUUAUUACUGACAUUCUGGUCAAAUCUACAGUAAAAAAAUAAAUAAAUAAAAUCCCACCUUGAUAAACUAAGCUAUUUAUGAGGACUGAUGUCCAAAGUGAUAAAUUAAUUCAGCUUUUUAUUAUUUCAAGCACCUUUUACUGUAAUCUCCCCCACCCCCACCCCACUCCUACUGCUCACCCACAACAGGGUCUCCAUGAUUUUACCCCCCAAAAAAGAAAAAAAAUGUGAAAAGCAACAAAAGAGCUGCCUGUUCUUAUUUCUUCAUAAAAUUUGGGACUUUUUUUUCCAUCUUGUGUUCUGAUAUUCCUUAAAGAAUAGCACCUUAUCUAUUUCAGUAAAAACCCAAAUAACGUUUUCUUCAUUUGUAGAGAUUUUAAACGUUUGCUCCAAGUUUCUGUAGCAAAUUGCUAUAUUCUAUUCUCCUUAAUAUUAUACUGAGUAUAAGCUUUCAACUUGUGACACCCGGUUUAUUUUCACCUCUUCUUUUGUUGUUGUUCACUAAUUAAAAAAAAAGAAGAAAAACUAUCCCUGUAAAUUUCUAUCUUGUUAAUAUUAUCUAACAGACGACAUGUUUUAAUGUGUCAUGAGUUUAUUCGUAUCCCGUUCAGGUUUAGCCUGGAGCUGGAGAGCAAACAGCCGAUGGCCUCUUUGAUCAAGGUUACACUUGUCUUUUCAAUGCAUAACAUGUGACUGAGCGUGUUGGACUCUGUCCGCUGACACCCAGGCAGUGUGAGACACCAGCUCAGUCCGCAGAGACCCGGAUGUGUAAGACUCCGGCUCUGUCUGCAGGGAUCUGAACGGGUGUGUGAGGUCAGGGCUGCUGGGAUGAGCCACACUACAUUCAGACCAGCUCAGUUACAUUUGGAAACCAGUGCCUUACGAUGCAACUUCUCCAAUAGGCCCUGUUAUAUAUGUAUAUUUUAUUUCUUUAUGAAACACAAAAAGGUUUGGAAGACAUGCACCCUAGUGUUCUUUGGGCUGCUCCCUCCUGCAGGGGUCACUACAUGCAGCGAGCAAACCUCACACAAAAACAUUUUGGCUAUUGUUUUACACCGGAUGCCCUUCCUGAUGCAAUCUGGGUUCCAACCUGCAGCUUCAGGAUCACAAGACCACAGUACUGACCACUGAGCUACCACUGGCCCCAAAUACUCUCCCAAAAGUAAAGUCAUGUGGACGCAGAGCGUCUGAAAUGGAGAAAAGAAUUCGGGCUGUAGCAUACAUCCAAAAUUCAUCGCAAUAACAUUGUGAGCAAUAUCCUUAUUUCAAAGAACAGCUUGGCCUGUAAUAAGAGGGUUUUAAUAUUUAGAUGAUAAGAGAAAGAGGAGGAGGAAAAUAAUAUUGUCGUCACUGUAGUCGAUAUUGCAAAUGGAUGUUUUGUUAGUAGUGGGCAGCCCUAACUCAAUUUGUGUUUGUUAUAUAAUAUAAAUGUGUAGCAGAACAAUGUAAAGCUGGAGGCAUCAAACAUUGUUUUCUACAUUUUGGAGUCUGCUGUGACCUGGAUCAAUGGAACAGGUUGGACUUUUUCUUGGUUUUGCUUAUUACAUGUAAGUGGUUAAGUUGUUUUUAACAAAGGGCUGGUGUUUAUGAGCCUCUUUUUGUUAUAGUUAGACAAAUUUAAGACAAAGUUGGUAAAGGCUGAGCAAUGUUUAUUUUUGUUAAUUUUACCAUUAUUUAACCAGGCAAAUCCCAUUGAUAUUACAGAUCUCUGUUGCAAGGGAGGUCUUAGCCUGAAGGCAACCCAUUGUUCAUGUUUUUGGUCUGUGGGGAAACUGGAGUAGCAGGAGGAGAACUUACAAACUUCGCACAGAAAGAACCCUGGUCCAAACUGAGGAUUGAACCCAGGACCUUUUUGCUGUGAGGCGUUCGUGUUAACUGAUCCAUUGUGCUGCCAUGACAUCUACAUGACUGAUAGGUAGUUUGUUGUGCAGAUUACCUCCGGGUUUCUCCGCAUUUACGUACUUAAAACACCUACCGGUACUUCUAUUUUGACUGAAGCUACGAUCUGCUCUAAAACACUUUUAUUGUGAAGGAACACACUGAAAAGACAAGUGUAAACAGGAAGUCUUAAACCGUCUCUUCACACGCAUACAUGACUUGACUUUUAAAGGGUUAAAUAUAUUUUCAUUCUGUGUCGACAAACAUGUCAUAGUUCACGUUUUGUGUGCUUGUUUUUCAUUUUUACCUUUUUUUUUUCAACAAUAAGUGAUCUUAUUGUUAAUAGAAAUGAGCAGAGAUUGUAUUUUGUUGGAAGUUGCUGCUUGAACGCCCUAAAGCCUUAUAA